GCUGUCGACCCACGGUAGCCAAUCAUGAGGGCAAUCUGGAUCUCCAAACUAGCGGGUCAGGUGGAGCUGGCGUGCUUGUCCGCUGUGUUUUGUUCUUUCCUCCAUCUCAAACACGCGAGUCUCUCGACAAAAAACUCGAUUCCGACAGGUCGCUUCUUCUGACAAUGGGUAUUGCUAGAAAAUUGACCCUUUGUACCGGCGUUUUGACGGGACUCGGCACUGGAGUGCUGGGAUACCUUGGGGCCACCACGACCAUCGUCAGUCCGCUGCCGGAAGAUGAUCCCUUAUGGCGAUCAAAGAGCUACGCCGCGUACAACUCGCACCGGAACCCCUCAACGCAAGAUAUAUGCACCAAGAGGAUAUCACUAAGCAGGAUUAAGCCGGAGCUGCUUAAUCAUGAGGGCGAUCUUGCGCUCGAGUUCUGCCGAGGUGUCUGGGGCGGUUUAGGCUACCGGCUUCAACGAGCAUAUCUUGCCCGUAAAUAUCAGGGCCCGGACACCGCCGCCCAGCUGUGGACGGUUGAUCAGUUGACUAAGUCAACAUACGAACCGGGAACCCAACUCACGGACCAUUUCGAAGUGGUCGAGAAGACGCCUUCCGAAAUUGUUGUCCGCUGCGGCGAUUCCCCAAGGAACUCGAGCCCUCGCAACUCGGAUGGACUCUUCGUCAUCAGUGCGGCGGUUGACCGCGAGCGUGGCGAGGCCGUGCUCGAGUUGAAGAGCUGCUUCUUCAUCAGCAGCGGCAGGAUUGAAGGCAUCUCGGGACCGAUGCCUGGCUGGAUGGAGGUGUUGCACAGGUGGUACUCCAGACUCUGGAUCGAGACAGGGUCGUGGAGGGUGACACGAUAGUCAUUGUCAAUCGCGUUCGGUACCACAGGCAUACGUCGCUCGGCUUCUAAACGAACACCAUGGCGAACUAC